UGCGCAUGCGCACGGUUCCAGGCGCUGAAAUUCAAAUUUGAACGGCUGCAAACCCGAGUCUGACACUGGAGGCUCAGGGAAGAGGAGAGUUAGUAGUAGGUCAGUUCCCCUGUUGGGGCUUCUUGUUUUCUUCAGGAGACACACUGAACUCCAGACUCACUUGUCUUUUCCUGAAUUUGAACCACCCUUUGCGCCGUCUGGCAGUGGGCACGCGACGCUUGGGGCGAUGGACCCGUUUACGGAGAAACUGCUUGAAAGAACCCGUGCCAGGAGAGAGAACCUGCAGAGGAAAAUGGCUGAGCGGCCCACAGCUGCUGCCAGGUCUGCAGCUCAUGCCAAGCGACUCAGGGAGCCUCUUUGCGAAGCCAGUAACCAGCAGUCCCAGUCCGGCAGUGAAGAGAAGUCUUGUACAAAGCCAUCCCCAUCAAAAAAGCGCUGUUCCGACAACAAUGAAGGAGAAGUUUCUGACUUGGAAAAUAAACAGCCGGCUGAGACAGCUGCUGCGAAAUCUUGUUCUCCCAGCCUUGCGUCUCCUCAGGCUCGGCCUGCAGCACCCGCUGGGGUCAGGGACUCUGAGACUACCCCAGCAUCACUGCCGGGCCUGGGGAGAAAGCUGAACUCAAGACUGGAAGCAGCUGCAGCCUCCUCAGUUAAGACACGCAUGCAGAAGCUCGCAGAGCAGCGGCGCCAUUGGGAUAACGAUACAGCAGAAACAUUUUCAGAUGAUGUACCUGCCAGCACUCUCUUCUCUGCAGUGCCAGCUGAGGGAAAGGCUUCCUCGCCUCCCAAAUCUCCCCUUUCUGGUGUUUUAGCAACCCCAGUUGGGAGAAGGGGCCGUCUGGCCAACCUUGCUGCCACAAUUUCCUCCUGGGAAGAUGAUGUCAGUUACUCAUCUGCAAAGCAAAACAGUGGACAAGAACAGCCUGGUACCACUUGUUUAUCCAAAUUUUCCUCUGCAAGUGGAGCAUCUGCUAGGAUCAAUAGCAGCAGUGUUAAGCAGGAAGCUACAUGCUGUUCCCAGAGGGAUGGCGAAGCAGCUUUGAACAAAGCCUCAUCCUCCAGCGCUGCCACUGCCUCUGUUCUUCAAGCCUCAGUUUCCAGCUCUGUGAAAGGUACUGCUUCCCCUGUGAAGUUGUCUGCAUCCACCACCAGUGCUAAAAACUGUGAGGGGCAAAAUCCUGAGGUGCGGCAGCAAACUGUUAGUCCUCUGAAGACAGAGGUGUCGGAGCCUGCUGGGAAAUCUGCGUUAUCCCAGGGAGCUAGGCCCAAAGAAGAAGGAAACAGAGAAAUUUGUGUGCAGUCUCAAUCUAAAGACAAAUCUGCAACUCCAGGAGGAAAAGCAAUUAAGCCUUUCCUGGAACGCUUUGGAGAGCGUUGUCAGGAACGCAGCAAAGAAAGCCCAGCUCGCAGCACACCCCAUAAGACCCCAGUGAUCACCCCAAACACAAAGGCCAUCCAAGAAAGAUUGUUCAAACAAAAUGCAGGCUCAUCUACUACCCACACGGCACAGCAGCUCAAGCAGGAGCGCCAGAGAGAACUAGCCUGUCUCCGGGGCCGAGUUGACAAGGGCCAUUUAUGGAGCGCGGGCAAAGGCGAGGACUCAGCAAGGAAACCGACGGAAACCAAACAGGAAAUUCACAGUCAGGACACUCCCCUCAAGAAACAUCAAGUUGUCUCCCAAACCCAGUCCCUCCCAGUAACAGACAAGGUGCCAGAAAACCAGAUUCCGGCAAAAACUUCCAGUACAGAGCCUACAGGUUUCACUGAAUGCAACAUGACAAAGUCUAGCCCUCUGAAAAUAACAUUGUUUUUAGAAGAGGAUAAGUCCCUAAAAGUGACGUCAGACCCAAAAGUCGAACAGCAGCAGACUGGAGCAGUACAUGAAAUCGAGGUGAGUGUGGCUGGUGAUGACGCCGACGAUAUCAACAGUUCCAAAGUGAUAAAUGACCUCUUCAGCGACGUCCUCCAAGGAGGUGACUUGGAUGUGGAACAGAACCAGGAGGAGCUGGAGCAGGUGCUGAUGGAGAGCGGCGAGGAGCAGGAGGAUGCGCUGAACAUCUCCUCCAUGUCCUUACUUACGCCCUUGGCGCAGACAGUCGGUGUGGUAAGUCCAGAGAAUUUCAUUUCCUCGCCUAAACUGGAAUUGAAGGACCCUAGUGUAAGUGAUGAGAGUCCCAAGCCAGGAAAAUUCCAGAGAACCCGUGUCCCUCGAGCAGAGUCUGGGGAUAGCAUUGAUUCUGAAGAUCGAGAUCUUCUUUAUAGCAUUGAUGCAUACAGGUCUCAGAGAAUCAAAGAAACAGAGCGUCCCUCAGUGAAGCAAGUGAUUGUCCGGAAGGAAGAUACUGCUUCAAAACUGGAUGAGAAGAAAAAUGCCUUUUCUUGUCAAGUUAACAUCAAACAAAAAAUGCAGGAGCUCAAUAAUGAAAUAAAUUUGCAGCAAACAGUGAUUUAUCAAGCUAGCCAGGCUCUUAACUGCUGUGUCGAUGAAGAGCAUGGCAAAGGCUCCCUGGAAGAAGCUGAAGCGGAGAGACUUCUGCUAAUUGCAACUGAGAAGAGAGCACUUUUGAUUGAAGAGCUGAACAAACUGAAGAGUGAAGGGCCUCAAGGGAGGAACAAGGCUGGUCUGAUAACCCAAAAUGGAUUUGUCCCAUCCAGAGGGUCAGUUACUUUGUCUGAAAUCCGCUUGCCUCUGAAAGCAGAUUUUGUCUGUGGUACGGCUCAGAAAUCUGAUGCAGCCAAUUACUAUUACUUAAUUAUGCUCAAAGCAGGAGCUGAAAAUAUGGUAGCCACACCAUUGACCAGCACUGCAAACUCUCUUGCUGGUGAUGCGCUGACAUUCAGUACUACAUUUACUCUACAAGAUGUGUCUAACGACUUUGAAAUAAAUCUUGAAGUUUACAGCUUGGUACAAAAGAAAGAUUCUUCAGGCCCUGAUAAGAAGAAAAAAGCAUCUAAGUCCAAGACUAUUACUCCAAAGAGACUUCUCACAUCUAUAACCCCAAAAAGCAGCCUUCAUUCUUCAGUUAUGGCCAGUCCAGGAGGCCUCCACGCCGUGCGGACCAGCAACUUUGCCCUCGUUGGGUCUUACACACUGUCAUUAUCCUCUGUGGGAAGCACUAAGUUUGCUCUUGACAAGAUAAAUUAUGAUGUAAAAGAGCAAGAGCUACUGAGCUAUUUGUUCCAGGAAAAGGUGCCCUUUUUGUCUUCUUUGGAAGGUCAUAUUUGUUUAAAAAUAAACUGUCAAGUGAAUUCAAGCAUUGAAGAAAAAGGAUUUCUAACUAUAUUUGAAGACGUAAGUGGCUUUGGUGCCUGGCAUAGAAGAUGGUGUGUUCUCUCUGGAAACUGCAUCUCUUACUGGACCUAUCCGGAUGAUGAGCGGCGGAAGAAUCCCAUAGGAAGGUUGAACCUGGCCAAUUGUACCAGCCGUCAGAUAGAACCUGCCAACAGAGAAUUUUGUGCAAGACGCAACACUUUUGAGCUGAUUACUGUCCGGCCACAAAGAGAAGACGACCGGGAGACUCUUGUCAGCCAGUGCAGGGACACGCUCUGUGUCACCAAGAACUGGCUGUCUGCAGACACGAAAGAGGAGCGGGACCUCUGGAUGCGGAAACUCAACCAGGUUCUGGUGGAUAUUCGCCUCUGGCAACCGGAUGCCUGCUACCAGCCUAUUGGAAAGCCAUAAACUGCAGGAAUUUCCACAUCAUGUGGAGACUUGCUUGUGCGAUGUCAUAAAUAUAUCUUCAGAGAAAGCAUACUUUAGAGCAUCAGAUUUACUGAUUGCAUUUUGAGCUUUACACAGGGAAGGGUUUGUGCAAAUGUUCACUACAUAUUAUGCAGUAUUUAUGUCUUUUGUAUGUAAAACUUCAACGGCUUUCAUUCAUAAGUGAUUAGAAGUCAGUUCGUUAUAGUUGUUGUUACUAAAUCUUAAUUUAAAAGUCUCAUUUGCCUAGAAAUAUAAUUGUUCAGUUGUCCAUGGCAAAAUAUUUUUUUAAAAGUAUCUUUGGUCUCAGGGUGGCAAGGUCUUCCAGGGUUGGCAGCCACCUCCAGUUUGGGGAUCCCUUCUUAGGCUCAGUAGGUUUUUCAAAAUUUUAUAGUCUCCUGGUCAAUAAUUUGUUAAUAUAGUACUGAAAAAAUAUUUCUAAGGGACCCUAGAAGCAUUUUUAGUAUUGAAGAUGAGCACUUUUUCAAAUAGCAAGUGGACUAGUUUAAAGCUCAAGGCUACCUUCAAGAAAAGGCAACAUUGUGUGAGAUUUGGGGUUAAAUAUUUUGUUUGGAAGAGUUAAUCACAUGGUUUACGUUUACUCAGUUACAUAUGCAGUGUGGUGCACAUUUUCAUAGAAUUCAUGCUUUAUCGAAAUAAUUAUUUUUGCCGUAUAGCUUAUAGACCCCAAACAUUAGCAUAUUAAUUGUUUCUGUCCCUGUAACAAGAACAAAUGUAAAUUAAAGAACCUUUAUAUUAAAAGAAGUAAACUUUUACCAAGCUGCUAUAGAAUAAUACUUUGCUCGCCAAAGUUCUUGUGUCUUUUUUAUGUCUGUAUCACAGUAUGUAGCAACCUGUUUUGAAAUCAUUCUGAAAAGGUUAAUCCAUGUAUUACCUAUAUCAGCUAAUAUCUUUUGUCGUUCUAAAACAUUUGUAAAGCAUGGUCUCAACGUUUAGGUACACUUUGAACUUCUUUUAUGAAUUGUUAAUUGAAAUUUCAUUUAAAACACUAAACUCUGUCACUUCCUGUUUCCUUUUUCAUUCAAAUGUUUUUCUUAUAUAUAUUAUAAAAAUAUAUUUUAUGACCUCUUACUGAAAUAAACACUUGUACAUGGCUUAUGA